CUUAUAGUUUGUUUGUCCAUUAUUUGUUGUUGUUUGGUGUUUUUAAAAGAUAUUGUUUAAAGUGAAAUAGAUACAACAAUGAUAUAAAGCAGCAUUCUUAAUAAAUCUGUUAAACCAACUUUUAAUAUUAUGGCCCGUAACACUUACAUGAACAAUUGCCGGGCAUGUCUUACUCAGAAACCAUCUUUUACAUAUUUCUUAUUUGAGAACGUAUGUCCAGAUUCUUAUUACUUUUGUACCUCUGUUCAGGUAUCCAAAGAUGAAGAAUUACCAAGAGGUGUGUGCAAUUCUUGUUAUGAGCUUCUGAAGAAUUAUUCUGACUUUAAACGCACAUGCCUACAGUCACAGGCUACGUUACUAGACAUUCUAACGAAUAAAUCAUUUAAAUACGAAGUAGAUGUACAAGUAACACACAGAACAGAAAACUAUGACUUAAAUGAGACACUAAACGAUAAUAUCAAAGUAGAAGUGAUUGAUGGUGUAAUCAAAAGUGAAAAUGGCGAUGAUCAUGAAUACUUGAGUCAAAAUGAUGAUGAAGUUUGUGAUGAUGAGCCCAUAGUUAAUAAAGUCAAAACUCAGAAAAGAAAUAACUUAAAGAAAGCUGUGAAAUUAAAAGCAGACAAAAAUAUAAAGAAACAGAGAAAGAAAUUAAUUUACACAUGUGAUAUUUGCCAAAAGAAGUUUAAUUAUAAGGAGAGGUUUGAUGCACAUAAACUUGAACAUGAAGGAAAAAUUGUAUCCAUCUACUGCGCACCAUGCCAGAAAUCAUUUAUCACGUGGAGUGGGCUAAAACGUCACCAAAACAGCACUCACACGCAAGUCAACCUGGAGAGUCUGCGGUGUAAUACUUGUGGCAAAAUAUUCAAGAGUCAGGACACACUGCGGUCACAUAAAAAAAUACAUGGCACUAGAAACCUAAUCAUGUGUGAUAUUUGCGGAAAAGGAUUCACUACGACUACUGUUUUAAAGAUCCAUAGAGAAUCACACAAAGAGAACAGAGAACGACGCUUCACAUGUGAACAUUGUGGCAAGAAGUUCUUUACAAAAACAGUAUUACUGUCACAUGUAGCAAGAAGACAUUUAGGUCGCACUUUCAUAUGCCAAAUAUGUUCAUACCCAUUCAACGACAAGUACAACUUAACCAAACACUUACUAAUACACGAAGGGAAGAAAUUGUUCAAAUGUGACAUCUGUAUGAAGUCCUUUAGAGCACACUCAACUCUGGUAGAACAUAAGCGGUUGCAUACCGGAGAACGACCAUAUGUAUGUAGCCAUUGUCAGAAAACAUUUGUUUCUAAGAAGAGAUUGACUGAUCAUUUGAGAAUACAUACUGGUGAUAAACCUCACAAGUGUACGUUAUGUGAACAAAGGUUUACGCAACGGGGAACUCUGAAGAGGCAUAUGAAAGUUCACGAUAGGCCUGCACCUACAAUAGGCUGAAUAUAAUAUGGAACUAAAAUACUUUAGAAACUAUGUAAUUACAUUUGAUACAUACUCAAGUAUCAAUACAAUAACUUUAGCUUGUUUAAGUUAAAUGGAUUUUUAAUUUAUUAAUUUUAGUAUAGGGCUGCAAUCAAUUUUAUCCUAGAAAUUAUUACUAAGGUAUAUGGACGAGAGAGAGGUCUGUAUUAAAUUUAUUUAACAUUAUUUA